ACCGAUUGGGAUACCAAAAUAUUUAGGGAUUGAGAUUGGGAUACCAAAAUCAUUUAGGGAUUGAGAUUGGGAUUGACUUUAGGGUAUAAUUCGAUAUUCAGGAUUUUUAUAUUUUGUAUUGAAAUACCGAUACUUUACCGAUUUCCACUCCUAGUCGCAGGCAUUAUGACUGUGGAAGCAGAGGAACAAGAGAAACACGGUAUACAGUAGGAUCAAAGCUUUGGAAAUUAGCUCAUGAGAUUCUCCCCACAGGGAAAAACAUUGAAAAGAGAAUGAAAGAGGCUGCAACCGAAUGCCCUUUCUGUGCUCUGGAGGAAACCCAGAAUCACAUACUUAGGGAGUGCCAGUGGGCUAUUCGAGUUUGGAGAAAUUCAGUGUUCAGACCCCUAUUCGAACUUGAACCAAACAUAUCAUCUGGGAGCUGGCUAUGUGCGGUCAUGGAUCAAACAGAAGAUGAAACUCUGGAGAAGCUAGGAAUCCUACUGUGGUCUAUUUGGAAUGAGCGGAACAACCACAUGUUUAAUAAGAAAAAGGCUGAGGAAUGGGAAAUCGUGGGACGAGCCCUAACCUACUGGGAGGAAUUCCAAUCGCACCAUCUAGAGGAAAAGGAAGAGCGGGGUGAAGAUAAUGAUACCUGGGAGACACCGAUGGAAGGCUGGGUGAAGCUGAAUGUGGACGCGGCGGUGUUGGCCGAGAACGGAACUGGGCUGGGGGUGGUGGCUAGAGACGCAAGCGGACGGUUUCUCCUGGCAGCAGUGCGACGCGAAAGGACCCAAUGGCCGCCGGAGCUAGCGGAAUUGCGCGCAAUCGCCUUCGGAGUGGAGCUGGCGGAGGAGCAUAACCUGCAAAUGGUGGAGGUGGAAAGCGACUGCCUCAAUGCAAUCCACCAGAUGCAGGCGGAGGAAAUGAUGAGACUGGAAGGAGGAGUGCUUGCCCGAGAAAUCAAAACCAGAGCGGCCAGACUUGGGUCGGUUAGAUGGAGAUUCACAAAACGAACCGGAAACGAAUCGGCCCAUGCCAUGGCCUAUCUGAAUUGUAAUUGGGACAGUACAAACCUUUGGGUCCACAGGCCCCCUUUGGCCAUUCUCUCUGUUCUUGAGAAGGAUGGAUUAAGAGCUGAAUAAAAUACAGAUUUCUAUAAUAAAAAAAAAGCUUUGUUGGCCAUCAGCCUUGAAAGCAGACUUAAAAAAUUCCGAAGUCAUUGCACCUUAUUCAACAUACAAUUGUAAUCUUUAAAAUCAGGAAUUUAGAUGGAGUUCAUUUCUAUGAUAAUUUAUAAAUUAAACCCUAAUAUUAUAUGAUACAUGUGAUUAAACGAUCUCAUGUUAUAUGAGAUAUAUUUGCUCACGUACUCAUAAUCUUAAAUAUGUGAGAUAUCAAUAAAUUUUAUAAAUUAUCAUUUAUCAACAAGCCAACUCAUAUGAUAAUAUAUCAUUUUCCCAUAAGAUGAUAGUCGAAUUAGUUCACUAAUCACAAUGCUGAGACAACUCAUGAACUCAAACACAAGAGAGUACAUGAGUUGAGCUCAACAAGUCACCUAGUCGAGUUGGCUUACGAGUCUCGCGAACUGAACACGGCUUAUCUCAAAAUCGGUUAAACGAGCCGAGCUUUUUCUUAAUCAAACGAGUUUUGCCGAGUCACUCAUGAGCGGGUUGGCUCAUUAAUAGCCCUAUCCCCAAUGCUAUCUUCAUCUUUGCCCCUGACCAUAAGAGAAGUUAAAAGGAGAGUCAAGAUAUACCGUGUAAGUAUGAAUAAAUACACCAGCUUCCGUUCAUAUAACCUAAUAAAAUUAUUACAAGGCAGACCAGUAAGAAAUGCUUCGCUGCUUGUUGUGAUUUUAAAUGGUAUGAAUGAAAAUGGAACGGAAAAGAACCACAAAUUGGUGAGAUGUGAGAAGGCACGACCUUUGUUAGAUUGGUUAGUGUAACCAAUUCAACCAAACCAAAGUGGUUGGAAUAAACGACUCGUUUCAACUACUAUGGGUUAAACCGAUACAAUGGUUGAAAACUUUUAGACGAGCCAAUGCAAUAGUUGGGGUGUACCCACCCAUUCAAAGAGUCGCCCUCUCUUCGCACAAAACCCCUUCAUUUUUUUUUAUAAAAGCACCAAACCCCUCUUGUUUUAGACACAAGAAUUUUUCCUUAUGAAACUCUGCUCUCCCAAAAUCCACAAUUGACUUUCAGCAUUCUUUCCAAAAGAAAAAUCGAGUCAAUGUGGUUCUCGCUAAUUCACUACAUUCGUUGCUUUCGGAGUUUGAGGUGGCACUACACUGGAAAAGGUCCGUCCUUUAUAUCUUGGGAAGAAUCAUUCUAUAACAUUGGGUACAAGAGGAGAAUAAGAUUCCUCAAGGACA